GAUUUCUUACCCGUGAAAUGGGAGGCUGCACUGGCGGAUGGCAAAGUCUUUUUUUUCCCGAGCUCUGAAAGUCUAGAGGAUAAAACAGGGAUGCCUCAAAAGCCAAGUGUUUGGAUCAUGUCGAGUCACGGAGUGAAGAAGUGCCAAUACACUCCCUCUUGGUUAAGGCAAGGUUUCAGCAUCACCCUGGCUUCCUUUGGAAGGAUCCUUUGGCCUUAGGCUGGGGUAGGCACCUGCCCUCACCUGCAGUGCUGGGUUUCUCACUCUCCUCCAACAGACAGGGAGCUCCACGAUGCAAAGACCUCGUCACGCUCACAGCUGUAUCUCCAGAGCCUAGCACUGUGCUUGGUAUACAACAGGUGCUCCAUAAAUACUUGCCAAAUGACUGAAUGCAUCAUGCCAGCAUCAGGAUGCCUCCGGAGCCUGAGCGAGCUGGCGAGAUCAGAGGACGAGGAAAACUUCUGGACUCCUGCCACACCUUACAUUUGCAGCAUCUUCUCCGAGGCCUCACAGCCAGCCUCCUGGGAUGCCAUUUGA